AGCGGUGGUGUCAACAACAUCCAACAGCCCACAGCGCUGGUCGUCGCAACUAGCAACUAGCAAUUUUUUCAGUUAUUGCUUAUUUAAAAAAAUAACCUAUCUACAGCAUAUGUAUAUGAUUUCUACAAAAUUGCUGCAAACAAAUAGAUUUCAUUAGCAAAAGCAGCUAAUUAAAAACUAAGCAACGAGAAAGUAAAAAAAAAUUGAGAAUUUUGUGAAAUUCAUUUAAAAUUUCGAAAAUUUAUUGCAAAAUAACUAAGAACGCCAAGUGAAAACACUUUUCGGGCAAUUAAAUUUGGAGAAAAAAAUAAUAUAAAUUGCGCUAAAUAAUUAAUAAAAAAUAAAAAAAAAACGUUCGAGAAUAAUUAAAAAAAUUUCUUUCCGUUUAAAAACGAAAAUUCCGGCAAAGCAAUUAAAUCACAAGUGUUGUGUUUUUGCAAGUGAUAACCAGUGUUUUCGAAAAACUGCCGAAGGACUAACCAAUCCUCAGUCAAUGGAUAUGGAUUAAGUUCUGUUGAACUGAGUGAGAAGUUUGUAAUAAUUUUUUUGCUUUUUAAAAAAAUAGCUACGUGUUUAAGACAAACUAAGUGCUGAAAAUAUUAAUAGUGUGCCCGAUUUUCAAAACGUUUUUUGCGCAAUCUGCCUGGAAAGUGUAAAUGAAGUAACUUGCUUUUGCAAAGAAAAAGAAAAUUUGCAAUAAAUUUAUUAAAAACUCAUUGAGCAAACUUGAUUGUGUGCGGUUUUUUGUUUGCGCGAAAAAGCACACAUACAAGUUGGGUGCGAGAAAAUUCAAAUCAGCAAGUGAAAAAGAAUAUUGCAAGAUGACUAGAAAAGGUUCGAGUCCUCUGGGGCUCGACAUGUUGGCGUUUACAGCGGCAAUAGCAUUUGUCUUUUUGCCAUUAUUAGCACAAGCCGCUCCCCUCCAAGAUGCAACUGAAAUUCAACAAUACACAGAAGGCUGUUACUACAAUUACAAUCACUACAAUGAAGGCGAUCGGAUAUUAACGAAUGAGCCCUGUCUGAAUUGUACCUGCCACAAUAAGAUGCUCAUGUGUUAUCUGCGUGUUUGCCCAUUCACCAAACCAAUCGGUCACGAUUGCAUAGUGGAAAAGCGUGAGGAUCAAUGUUGCCCGAUUAUAACCUGUCCAGAGGUACCAGUUGAUGUUGCGCAUCAUGCCCCCGAACCAGGCACUGAACUCAGCAUUCCCGAGAAAUAUGGCUGCAGCAUUGAUAGCAAAUUCUAUCCCGAAGGCGCACAAGUACCAUCGAAUCCCAAUAAGCCUUGCGAGUUGUGUUAUUGUAUCAAAAAUCGCACAUCAUGUUUAAUGCAAGAAUGUACAUUGCACAUUGACGGUUGUACGCCCAUCUAUAAUAAGGGAUCUUGUUGUCCAGUGCGUUACAAUUGCGAUCACGAAAAUGACAUCUUAGAAUUGGAAGAUCAUUCAUCAACCACAUCUACCACCACCACCGAACGUCCCACGCCUGGUUUUAUUCUCACCACCACUAUGUCGCCCUCGGUGUCCACCGAUUGUGUUCAUAAUGGCGAUGUUUAUGCUGAUGGUGCUUCUAUUACGGGCAAGAGUGCUUGCGAGCACUGCUACUGCAUGCGUGGGGAUAUUGUUUGUGCCGUACAAGAAUGUGAGAUGCCAAUGUUGGCUAGCAAUGGCAAGAGUUGUCAUGCAUUGCCACCAGCGGAAGGUGAAUGCUGCCCAAGUAAUUAUGUCUGUGAAGACGACUCAGCAACCACAGAGGUCAUUGAGGUCACAACUGAGCAAGCUUUUACUACUAUCGCCGACAAGGAUCUCCAUGGUGCCAUACCGGAGGAAGAUAUCAAAUUGCAGGAUCACAUUGACGAUGAUGAAAGACCAAAAGUGUCCACUGAUAAGCCCGGAACUGGAGCAGAACCUCCAGUGGAAGGUAAACCUGCCGAUCAAGUUACUACUUCAACUCCUGAUUUGGCAAGCGGUAUUACCGACGAAGCAGUAACAGAACCAUCAUCUGAAGAAACUGAAAAGGAAGAAGGUAGUGAGAGCUCAACUGAAAGUGAUGCCGCAGUUGAAGCUGAAGUCACAACCGCAACCGCUGUUGAAGUCCCUGAGGAUGAAAAUAAGGCAGAAGAAGAAUCGUCCAGUACUACAGCGCCCGCAGAUGUACCCGCGGCGACAACAAUUAAAACUGAUGUCGCAACCGAAAUUGCAACAGAAGUGUCUGAUGAAGAACCCAAGUCCGAAGACGAACCGACAAGUACUGAGGCUGCGGCACAAGUACCGGCAAUUGAAGUAUCCGAAGAAGAACACAAAGUCGAAGGCGAACCAUCUAGUACUGAAUCGCCCGAACAAACACCUGAAGUUACUACUGUUGGCAACGAAGUCACAGCUGAAGCCACAUCUGAAAAAUCUGAGAAGGAGCAUGAACCAGCAAGUACUGAGGCUGCUGAGCAUGUAUCUGGCACCACAACUGCGACAGAUGGUACUAAACGCAUUGGUAUUGAUCUUGACGAGCACGUGGAUGCUACUGACAAACCACUUGGCUCAGAAGAUGCAACCGCGGCGCCAGCUAUUGAAGAGGUACACAAGCCCACAAUUCAUUUCGAUCAACGAAUUGACACCGAAACUGGUAAGCCAGUCAGCGAUGAAGCCGAAACAACUGCUCAACCAGAAUUUACAGAAGUAUCAACAGCUACGUCGGCACCAACAAAGGUGGAUAAAGAAAGCAGCGAAGAAACCAGCACCGAGUCUGCUGAAGUUGAGGCCUCCGACGAAACAACUGAACAAUCUGUUUCUGAACACGAAAAACCAACCACAGUGCUGCCAGCCGUUCAAAAAGAAAGCGCUGAAGAGUCUACAGAAGCCAUUGUAUCCGACACAACCACAAAGAAACCAACCGAAGCCGUUUCUGAGUCCGUGGAAGAAACACCCUCUAGUACCGAAGUCAGCAAGGAAGAAGAGAGCAGCGAAGAAUCCACCGAAUCAGCUGAAGCUGAAGUAUCAACGCCACAAUCCAUUGAAGUCACUAGCUCCGAAGAGCAGGUACCAGAUAUGCAAUUGCCCGCUGUCAUACCAGGAGAAGGUGACUGCCUCGUCGGUCACAAAACUUACGAAAACAAUACGAUCAUACCAACGGCCGACGAAUGUGAUAUCUCUUGCAAAUGUAUUAGCAGCAUUGUGGUCUGCCAGAAAGUUGAAUGCGAUGUGCCAGCUGAUGUUAGCAAGUGCGUUAUCGACCAAGCCAGCUCUACUUCAUGUUGUCCCUCAUAUGUCUGUGAACCAGAAGAAGUCGCAGCAACCGCUUCACCCAUUGCUGAGGAAAGCGAAAAGGCAACAACUGCACCUCUCUCAGAUAUUGACAUACCGGUUGCUCCUACUGAACAGCCAAUGUCUCAUGUCAAGGAGGAAGAAGCAGAAGUUGUGGAGAGUACAGCAGUACCUAAGAUUGACCAACCAGCAUUGACAACUGAAAGCGGUGAGGAAAUUGAAAAGGUUACCAUUCCACCAUCUCUUCCAGUUUCACCUGAGGUCUCCGAAGAGGUAAGCGAGGAAGGCCCAGUCACACCAGUUCAACCCGUUGCACCAACCGAAGCUGAUAAGACCACCGUCCGCCCUGGUGCAGAUACAGAACAAGGUGAAGCAACAGCAAAACCAGUCGCCGAUGAAAGUGAAACUGGUAUUUCAGAUGAAAAAUCUACUGUGGCUCCCGCACUUGCAGAAGAAGACAUCGCUACACCUGCACUUGAAAAAGAGGAGCAAGAAGUUUCGAAGGAAGAGGAGAAGACUACUGCAUCUCCUGCCUCAGAAGAAGGGGAACAGACAACUGCUCACCCAGCUUUUGAUGAAGUUGAAAAGGAAAUUGUUCCUAAAAUUGAACUUUUGGAACAAGAGGAACCGGCCACCAGCACACCUGUCGAAAGCCUUGCUCCGGCUAUUGGGGAAGAAACCGGAGGUGAGGAAGAAAAAGAGGCUGCUACAAUUGCUCCUUCAGUCGAAGAAGGCCAGAAAGUUAUUGGCGAAGAAGAAUCGACCACUCUCAGUAAACCAACUCAUGAUGAAAUUGAAAAGACUACGACUGCUCCACCCGCUGAAGUAUUUGACAACUUUACUGCCGUUCCUGCUGCUGAAGAAGGUGAGAGGACCACUCCAGCUCCUGGAACUGAAGAAAUUGAAAAUAUUCCUGUUGAAAAAGAACCAAGUAGUGAAGAAAUUAAAAAGGUUACUUCCGCCCCAGGUGUGGAAGAAGAAGAGAAACUACCCAAUGUUUCGGAGGUCGAAGAUAGCGAGAAAGUCACUCCUGCUCCUGGCGCUGAUGAUACUGAGAAGGCUACUUUUGCACCUGGUGCUGAAGAACAAGGAAAGACCACAGCCGCUCCUGGUGUUGAAGAAAUCGAAGAGGCCACCACUGCUCCGGUUGUCGAAGAGGGCGAAAAAGUCACUGCAGCUGCUGGUGUUAAAGAAGUUGAAAAGGUUACAGCUGCAGCUCCAAGCGAUAAAGAUGUCGAAGAAGGCGUCUCAACCGCCCACGAUGAAAUUGAGAAGACAACUGUUUCGCCAGAAAAAGCUACAAGUGAUAUUACAUCGGAAGAGGAAGAGAAAGAAACUCCUGCUCCUGGUUCAGAGGCAGAGUAUGUUACCCUUACUCCUAGCAUUGAGGGAAUUGAAAAGGUUACCACCGUUCCUGUUGCCGAAGAAGGUACUUCUGCACCUGCCGCUGAAGAAGAUGAACUCGAGAAGACUACGGCUACCCCUGAUGUGGACCGAGUUGAGAAGACAACUGGAGCACCUGUUGUUGAGAAAGAUGAGGAGAGCUUCACAACUCCUGAACAGGGCGAAAAGAUCAUACCUGACAUUGAUGCCGAAGCUACUGCUGCUCCUAUUGCCGAACAAGUGGAAACCGAAACUCGUGCUCCAUUUGUCGAAACAAGUGAAACAGCUACCGGUGCUCCAGUUGCCGGCGAACCCAUUGAAAAGGUUACAAGUAGUCCGGAACAAGCUACUGAGGAUGAGGGAACUCCAACUGCCACUGGGGCUCCUCGUCUUGAUUUGGAUAUUAAAGAACAUGAAGUUACAGUUGCUCCUGAAAGAGAAGAAGAAAGCGAAAAGGCUACGCCUACUCCUGAAACCGAAGAUGAUCAAAAAUCAACUGAAGCUCCUGAAGACGUAGAAGCCGAAGGAAGCGGAGAGGUUAAGCCUGAAGGAGAAGGUGUUGAAGAAGGUGUGAAGGCCACAAUUGCUCCUGAAAUAGCCGGUAUUGAGAAAACUACCAAAGCUCCUGAGGUCGAAGGAAGUGGAGAGGUUAAGCCUGAAGGAGAGAGUGUUGAAGAAGGUGAGAAGACCACAAUUGCUCCUGAAAUAUCCGGUAUUGAGAAAACUACCAAAGCUCCUGAGGCCGGAGGAAGCGAAGAGGUUAAGCCUGAAGGUGAAAGUGUUGAAGAAGGUGAGAAGACCACAAUUGCUCCUGAAUUCGAUGGCAUUGAGAAAACCACCAAAGCUCCUGAGGUCGAAGGAAGCGGAGAGGUUAAGCCUGAAGGAGAGGGUGUUGCCGAAGGUGAGAAGACCACAAUUGCUCCUGAAAUAGCCGGUAUUGAGAAAACUACCAAAGCUCCUGAGGCCGGAGGAAGCGGAGAGGUUAAGCCUGAAGGUGAAAGUGUUGAAGAAGGUGAGAAGACCACAAUUGCUCCUGAAUUCGAUGGCAUUGAGAAAACCACCAAAGCUCCUGAGGUCGAAGGAAGCGGAGAGGUUAAGCCUGAAGGAGAGGGUGUUGCCGAAGGUGAGAAGACCACAAUUGCUCCUGAAAUAGCCGGUAUUGAGAAAACUACCAAAGCUCCUGAGGCCGGAGGAAGCGGAGAGGUUAAGCCUGAAGGUGAAAGUGUUGAAGAAGGUGAGAAGACCACAAUUGCUCCUGAAUUCGACGGCAUUGAGAAAAUUACCAAAGCUCCUGAGGCCGGAGGAAGCGGAGAGGUUAAGCCUGAAGGUGAAAGUGUUGAAGAAGGUGAGAAGACCACAAUUGCUCCUGAAUUCGACGGCAUUGAGAAAAUUACCAAAGCUCCUGAGGCCGGAGGAAGCGGAGAGGUUAAGCCUGAAGGUGAAAGUGUUGAAGAAGGUGAGAAGACCACAAUUGCUCCUGAAUUCGAUGGCAUUGAGAAAACUACAACAGCUCCUGAGGCCGAAGGAAGCGGAGAGGUUAAGCCUGAAGGUGAGAGUGUUGAAGAAGGUGAAAAGGUCACAAUUGCUCCAGAAAUCGCCGACAUUGAGAAAACUACCAAAGCUCCUGAGUCCGAAGAAGUCGAAGGAAGUGGAGAAUCUAAACCUGCAGAAGAGAGUCUUGGAGAAGUUGCCACGGUUGCACCUGAAAUUGAGGAUAUUAACAAACCAACGCCAGCUUCAAAGAUCGAAGAACUUGAAGGAAGUGGACAGGAUAUUUCUCAAGAUGAAAAGGUUACAGAUUCUCCUCCUGAGAAAGUUGAAAAGAUCACCAUCUCUCCUGAAAUUGAAACCAGCGAAGAAUUUGAUACUGCCGAUAAGGUCACUGUUGCUCCUGCAAGUGAAGAAGCUGAAGAAUCCACAGCCGUUGCUGAAGUCGAAAGUGAUGAAACUCCCGAAAAAGCUACUUCCUCCCCUGAAGUUGAAGACACUGAAACUCCUAAGAUUGAAAGAAUUGAUGUGGAGAAGACUACACAAGCUCCAGAAGUGGACAGUUCCGAAAAGGUUAGUGUUGCUCCUGAAACUGUUGCUCCUAGUGAUAUUGGCACUGCUGCACCAAGUUUGGAAGAAUCUGAACAGGCUACUCAUGCUCCUAAAGUUGAAGAUAUACAAAAGGGCACUGAUGUUCCUGAAUUCGAAGACACUCAAAAGGUUACUACUGCCCCUGGCUUCGAGAAAGAAGAAGCUUCUGAGUUUGAAGACGUUGAUAAGGUCACUGCCGCCCCUGGUUUUGAAUUAUCUGAAGUGGAGAAGGCAACACCUGCUCCUGAGGUUGAAGACGUUGACAAAGUCACUGUUGCUCCCGCUGUCGAAAAAGUUGAAAUUUCUGAAGGACUCGAAAAGGUUACUAUUGCUCCUGGAAGCGAAGAAGCUGGAAAAGCUACUGUUCUUCCUGCAUUUGAAAAGGAUGAAAUUACAGAGGAAAUCGAAAGAGUCACUGCUGCCCCUGGCACCGAAGCAUCUGAAGCGACCACAUCUGUUGCUGAUGUGGAGAAGUCUACAUAUGCUCCUGAAAUUGAAGACAUUGAUAAGGUUGCGAUUGCUCCAGGUGUCGAAAAGGACGAAGUUCCCGAAGAUAUCGAAAAGGUCACAGUUGGUCCCAGCAUCGAAGAAACUGAAAAGGCAACUAUCGCACCUAAACUCGAGGAGGACGAAAUUGUGGAGAAAGCUACCAUCGCUCCUGAAGUCGAGGGUAUCCAUAAGGCCACUGUUGCUCCUGACAUCGAAAAAGUCGAAGAAGAAUCAGCCACUCCUGUUAUCGAACAAGACGAGGUUACUCCUGUCCCUACUGUUGAACAACCUGACAAUAUUUCAGGCAAACCCGUUACCGAUGGUGAAAACGCAACGGACACUCCAACUUCUGAUGAGGAAAUCGAAAAGGCUACUGCCGCACCUGGAUUGGGCGCUGAAGUCAUUGAUGAAAGCAAGAAGGAUAUUCCAGAAAUUCAAGAAGUCACUACCGCUCCAAUUGGAGAACAAGUUGAAGGCAUUACCGGUGCUCCUCGCCUGGACUUACAUAUCGAUGAAAUAACCAUUGCACCUAUUGUACCAUCCGCAGAAGAAGCCGCCCAAGCAACCACACAACAUCCUGAAGUGAGCGGGUCCAAGGUUACUCCAGCAACUGCUGUAGUUGCUGAUCUAGAAUCUGUGGAGGAAAGCGAUACUUCCGUUGAAUCCGAAGAAGAGAGCUCUACUGAACACAAGGUACAGCAUGUCGGAGAAUUUGUUACCGAUCAUAUCUUGCACAGUACAACAGAGAGUGCUAUUAAACCUGCGGAACCAACGAAGGGCGAUAAGGCAGACGAUUCCGGUGAAGAGGGAGAAGAUGUUGAGGACAUUACGUCUGAACCUAUCGUGAAACCAGAACUUAUUGGCGCAGACAUGGUUGCAGUGACUGAUAAGCCAACAACUGACAACGUGACACAAGAACCUGAAAGCGAAGAGGAGGGCAUCAAGGAUAAACAGCCUGCAACAGUUGCAACAGAAAUCGAAAUCGAUGAAGAUAAACAAUUAACAACAAGGAAACCUGAUGUUGAAACCGAAGCUGUAGCAACCUUCAAGCCAGAAGUCGAAGUUGAAGAAGAGAAACAACCUUCUGAGAGCAUUACUCAUGCCGAAAGUGAGGAAGAUAAACAGUCAACUACUAUCAAACCCGCAGUUGGGCCUGUAGAGGAAGAACAAACCGCCACUAGCAAGCCAAUAGUAGAAUCUGAAGACGAGAAGGUACCUGCCACGGCAGCUCCUGAACUUGAGUAUGCAGAAGAUCAACAACCGGGUACAGCCAAACCAGACGUCGAAAUUGAAGAUGACAAACAACACGAAAUUGAAUCCGAAGAAGAGAAGCAGCCAACAACAGACCAGCCUGAAGUGUCAUCUGAUGAAGAGAAGAUACCUGUCACCGCCGCACCGGAAGUCACAUUCGAAAAAGAAAAGGAAACUGCCACGUCUCAACCAGAAGUAGAAGAAGAGUUACAACAAGCGACUGUCAAUCCCGAGAUUGAGCCUGAAGAAGAAAAGGUAUCUGCUACAGCUGCUCCUGGAGCUGCUGAAGAGGAAGAAAAGCAACCAGCCACAGCCAUACCUUCCGAAGAAGUGCAACCAGCAACAUCACAAGCUACGGUUGAAUCGGAGGAAGAGAAGAUAUCUGUCACAACAGCAGAAGUUGAAUCUGAAGUACAAACGGAAGGAGUUGGUGGCGAAGAACAACAACCAACGUCAACUAAACCUGGAGCUCAGUCUGAGGAAGAGAAGAUACCUACCACAGCUGCUCCUGGAACAACACUUGAGGAAGAGAAACAGCCAGCAACUGCUAAACCAGAAAUUGAAAAGGAUGAAGAGCAACAACCAGCAACAGCUGAACCUGAGGAAGAAAAUAUACCAUCCACUGCUGCCCCUGGAAUAGACUCUGAGGAAGAGGAACAGUUCUUAACAACAAAACCAGAGGUUGGAUCUGAAGAAGAACACGCACCUGAAACUGGAUCCGAGGAAGAGAAACAACCAGCAACAGCUAGGCCAGAGGAUGAAACUGAAGAAGAAAAGGUACCUGUUACAGCUGCUCCUGGAACAACACUUGAAGAAGAGAAACAGCCAGCAACUGCUAAACCAGAAAUUGAAAACGAAGAAGAGCAACAACAAACAACAGGUAAACCUGAAGAAGAAAAGAUACCAUCCACUGCUACACCUGGAGCCGACUCUGAAGAAGAGAAGCAACUAGCAACAGACAAACCAGAAGAAGAACAGUCUGCAACAGCGAAACCUGAGGCUGCAUCUGAAGAAGAACACGCAAUUGAAACUGGAUCCGAGGAAGAGAAACCACCAGCAACAGCUAAGCCAGAAAGCGAAACUGAUGAAGAAAAUGUGCCUGCCACAGCUGCCCCUGGAAUCGAAAUUGCUACAGAGAAACAACCAGCGACAGAGAAACCAGAAAGUGAACAACUCGCAACAACAAAACCAGAAGUAGAACAUGAAGAGGAGCAACCAACAACUGCGCAGCCAGAAACAGAAGCUAAAGAAGAGAAAGAACCUAUUACAACAGCCGCUGGAAUCGAACAUGAAACACCGUCCGAACAAGAGAAAGAAACAGCUACAUCUAAGCCACAGGACGGAAAAGAAACCGAAGAGCAGCAACAACCAGCAACAGCCCAACCUGAUAUCGAGUCUGAUGAAGAGAAAAUACCUGCCACAGCCGCGCCGAGCGCUUUGUCUGAGGAAGAUAAGCAACCAGCAACAACCAAACCUGAGGACGAAUCAGUCGAAGAGCAAGAAGCAGCAACUGCGAAACCCGUGUAUGAAACCGAAGGUGAGAAGCAACACGCAAUUGCUGAAGAAAUACCCAGCAGCUCGACUGAAACAGCAGAACCAUCAGAGGGAGCAGACAUCAGCUCUGCUGAAAAGGAAAGCAUCGGAACAACCGGACAUCCACUCUUCCCACACAUUGUCACUACACUGCCAACACCAACGAUCGACAGUCGCAUCGAUAUCGCCAAUACGACAGCACAACCCGAAAUUAUCGCCGAAACAACAACACCAACAAACCUCAUCGGCGGCGAUGUGCUCAUUACCACACAACCCACAAUUACACACUAUCCACCACCAGCGCCAGUCUACGGUCAAUAUCCAUCCUACAAUGAUGAAUAUCCCGACGAAGACGAAUCCGAAGUAUUCGGACCAGGCACUUGUCGUUAUGGCGGUAAACUUUACGUAUCCGCCCAGCAAAUACCCCGGGACGAUCCAUGCGAUUUCUGCUUCUGCUUCAGAAGUGAUAUUAUCUGCUUACAACAAUCUUGCCCGCCACCAAUCGCUGGCUGUCACGAAGAACCAAUCUCUGGUUUCUGUUGUCCACGAUACGAAUGUCCGGUGUCGAUGGCGACAACAUUGAAUAUCACCACGAGUACGACAACAACAAGCACAACACUGCCGCCACAUUUCCUGCAUCACUCAUAUGGCGGCGCUGUGCAACGAAAUGGCUGCCUGAUCAAUGGCAGAUCGUACAGAGUCGGAGAGAAGAUCGAAUCGACAAGCGGUCCAUGCAUCAAUUGCACUUGCGGCGGCGAUGGAAAAAUGAAAUGUGAUCCUCAGGCGUGUGUGCCCGAACCGACGAUGCAGCAGGUGAUGGCUGUUGUCGCGAGCGGCAGGAAAAGAUGAAAUAAUCGUUAAGCAUAAAAUGCUUACGAAUACAACAGCAGCAACAGCAGCAACAGCAACAGCAACAACAACAACACUGUACACACAAACACGACACACACACGCACAUGCACACUGAAACACAGAGAAAGACUAGUUUGAUAGAGAUACAUACAUACACGUAUAUAUUAUAAUAUAUAAAUACGAGUAUAUGAUUGAAUCUGCAAACCCGGUGCCAAAACCACAAUGAAAUAUUAUGGAAAUAUGGAUGAUAAGGUGGAGGAUUAUGUUGUAGGCGAAAGAAAAAAAUUAUGCGCAAAAAAAACACACAAAAACAAAAACAAAAACACGUAAACAAAUAGAUACGAAUUAAACGCGUAAUGCUUUCGAAGUGAAAAAUGAGAGAUGGGCACACAUACAGGCGUACUACAUGCAUGCAUACGUGUACAUACAUAUCUGCGUAUGUGUUGUAUAUGUAGCUCCUUUUUUUCUUUGAAUACGCAAUAAGGGUUUAUUACAUGUAGUUAUUAAUUAGGUAUAGACUAUAUUUAUAUAUAUAUAUAUGUACAUGCGAAUAUUUUUAUUUAGUUUUUUUUAUUUUUUGUUUUUUAUUUUUUUUCAACUAGCAUACGAGCAAACAACCAGUGAUAUUGUGCUGUAUACCUAGUAUAGGUGCAAUUAACAAUUUUUUUUUUUUUUUUUUUGUAUUUAAGGACGCACUU